AUGAGUGCACUUAACGCUCAGGUACUGCAGAAUCCCAUUGAAUGGCAAAUGAAAAAGUUGUUUCGUACGGCGCUCUAUCAUCACCGCGAGGACGAGUCCAGCGCCGGCUAUACCACCGACGAGUUGUACACACUAUUGCAGAGUACGUUCGCCGCGCAGAAAGUGCUCGGCCUUCAAGUGCUGUCCAAAGUGUUGGCCAAAGCAUUCAACGGCCUCUACGACCAGUGUUUCAACGAGAAUAUCACCGAACAGUUGCUGAAGAAUUCGGCACUGAUUCUGAUCACCCGUCUGUGUCUCGACGACACCACUGACAGUGUCUGGCGGGCGGCCAUCACCGCAAUGCACGCCAUGCUGUGCAACACCGGCACCGACGAGCUGUUCCUCGACCGCGGGUUCGCACUGUUCGCCCAAUGCCUUCGCCCGGACACCGGUGUCCGCCAACUGAAGCCCUCCUACGCCAUGACCGCUAAAUCGGCCGAAGAAUUAACUGACGAACAGCUCAUGAAAUUAGAUGCCGUCCACUGUCUCGUGAAGCGGACAUCUCUGCCGCAGAGGAUUCGCUACCUCUUGGAGACCAAUCGGAGUCAACUGGACUCCAGAGCUGUGGACGAUCUCUUGGAUAUAUUGAUACGAAUGGCCAGACAUUCGCCGGAUUGUCGUCAAGACAUCGUUAACUGUCCGUUCCUUUUGAGCACAAUUAUCGACGGUUUGAUUCCGGUGUCUGUCGUGACCGGCGAUCGGGUGUUCGAUCGGCCGAACGCCAGGGCUGUUAAGCUGAUCCGUCUGUUGGUCGAUGUGGACGAAGACUGUCCGUCUGGAACCGCUGCUCACAUAAUCCGUGUGUUUCCGCAACUCAUCGAAGCCCUCAAAGUCUAUCUGACGCUAAACCCCGAGAACUGCGCCACCAGUCGUGAGACACUGCGGGUAUCCAUCGAAGCCCUGCGACUGUGGAUCAGCUUAUUAUCUCAAAACCUAUGCGUCGAAGACUUUUGGCAAAUGUUUCCCGUUUUGAUCAAACAGUUGCAGUACUGCUCAACACUGGACCCGAUUAGCCAUCAAAACGAUUACGACUUUCAAUACGCGUCGACACUCAUUGCGGCGCUCAAGACUUGCGUCCAACGGAACCAACACUUCCAGGCGUUCAACGAUUUAGUUUUGAUGACAACAAUGAAAUGGUUGACACUAAUCAAGAAUGCGGUAAUUGUUCCCGCAUUUGAUGCCAAUCUGUGCCUCUUUUCGGGCGUCCAAUACCUGUUGACCGCCGGCUAUCAGAUCCAGACUCUGGCCGACAUUGUCUCGCAAAUUGUCGACUCGAAAGCCAUUCAACACAAACUCUUAAACUCUUUGAUCGAAAACUCGAAUUUAGUUAAACUCGAGACUAAAGCACAGCCACAUCGACGCGAUUCACCCAAUUUGCCAUCUUUUGGAUCAGUUCUGUACAGAAGUCACCGAACGGUUCCCAUAAUGAACAACGAAUCGCCGAUUGGGCUAAUCUUAGCCGUGAUUCACACCCUUAAGACACAACCAAACAAUGAUAAUAUGUCCGACAAAUUACACGCAUUCAAAGAUUAUAUCCAAAGAGUGGCCAAAAAUCUUAAACACGAUAUAAAACUUAAUUUAUUUGAUUGCUAUGAACUGAUGGCACUCUCGGAGAUCUGUUCCCUGUGUUUCAUCACUUCCAUCGCAUCCACCACGUCAUCAGCCGAAGAUAUCCACUGUUACCACAAUUUAGCGCUUUUGAUGACUAGUUUUACGCCCAAUGAGACCAUUAAACACAAACUGUUGACUGAAGUUGUGUUCAACAAAACAAUUUACGCCAUCGAGUCCUCCGGAAUCGCUGGACAUAUGUCUGAACUCAGUCUUCGGGACAAAGAGUUUGAGCCCAAUAUUGUUGACAAUUUAGACUCCAUUAAGACAUUGUAUGGCAAACAUUCGCGCUUUGAUUCCCAUCACUGGCUCUUUGAUCCACUCAUCAGAUCAGUCGAGACCAAGAACUCUGUGACGUUGGAUGAGAUUCGCGCGUGUCUUGUGUUUAUCUCAGCGGUGGUCAAACGGCACCGCAAUUACUGUCACCAACUGAUCCAGUCUUCGUCGGCGCUCUAUUGUCUCAUUUCAUCGGUAUUUCUCAUAUCUGAAGAAGUCUUCUUUGAUGAUGGAGUUCAACGGCUAUUGUAUGUCAUUCUGAAGACACUACUGGCCGGCGAUGGGAUCCGAUGCCAGAUAUCGGAUAGAGUGCCCUAUUAUGACACUUGCGGUGAUUUUUAUCAGCGAUUUGUGGAUCAGUUCGAGUCCGUGUCUUAUGGCAACAAACUGUUCAUCAAUUAUCUGCUGGUCUUUUGCCAAUCGAAAUGCAGUCCACUCUUCAGGACUAAACUCUUUGUGGACUUUCCGACAGCUUUUCGUAUAAUUCAG